AAUCAACAACGCUUCGAAAAGCCGGGUGUUCAAAGAUGAUUGGAAAGCGAAAGAGAGAGACGCAUAUUGUGUCGAGAUCUACGGCAUCCGAGGAUGACGAAGCGACAACCACCACGACGGACGAUAGUUCUAGCCAUAAUAUUUUCCGCAGAUUUUUCGAAGCUCAAUUUCAGCCAUUAGAAGUGCCUGAAACCCGCAUUACAUGUGCAGAGAGAUCAGAAGAUGAGCAUGGCACCGAUGAAUCCGAAGAAUCUGAACCUGAGUCUGAAUGGAGUGGCGUCUCAGAGGAUAGACAUGGGGAUAACAAGGUUGAGGUAGUCGAGCACCACGACUUGUCCGCGGUGGCUAAGGAGCCAAUGGAUAAGAGAGCCCGCAAAGCCUUUAUGACCGCGAAGCCGCCAUCCUUCUCUGUUAAACCGGUAGCUGUUAGGAGCUCCCCAAGCAAAGACGAGGAUGACGGCGAUGACGCCGCAAAUCUGAAGAAUGACCUUGCACUACAACGGCUAUUGAAGGAAUCUCAUCUUCUCGAGUCAUCGUCGGAUCUUGCGCCGACCGGUAAAAAUCGACUAAAAGCUCUCGACUUGCGGAUGCAAUCGCUUGGAGCCAAGGCAUCUCUGUACCAUCAAAAUAUGCCGUCAUCACACCGAAGAGGCAUCAAAGCUAAAGCUGAGAAGAAGGAUGAUAAACGUCGACGGGAAGCUAGAGAAAACGGAAUCAUUCUCGAGAAACCCGCACCUAAAACGAAACCCAGCACCGGAAGACGGGAGCGUGGCGUCGGGGGACCCUCUAUUGGAAAGUUUGCAGGGGGUACUCUGAACUUGAGCAAGCGAGAUCUAUCUGCCAUUCAAGGCCCACGACGGUCUGGUAAAGGCAAGAUCAGAGGGCGCCGUUAAUGGACAGCAAGCAGUGCUGAUAGGCAAUUCCAUUAAGGAAUUACCUGCUACACCGGAACAUUUUCGGAACUUCUUCGUUGAAAUAACAUCAUAGCAAGAGUCCCUUGUCUAUGACAGAUUGUCUAUUACCGUUGCCUGGAUUAGGGGCUUUGGCAUUGCCUCUAUCUUCACAUGGGCAACGAUGGAAGUUUUACUGCCAAUCCCCCGCUCGUCCUAUGCUCGCCACCGCGUUCACCCAUCCUUCGCGAAUCCUUUUCAUCCACUAUUGACAAUGAUGAACCUAACUAAGGAUUUAGAAUAUACCCCGGUCCCUUGUGCUGUGUUAGCUUGAGGUGUGAGUUGCAACACGACAAAUAGCCAGGCGGCACCCGGCAAACUACCCACCUGGCGCUUUUCGUUCGAUGCACGUUCCAACUCCACAGUCCUAGAUAUGGUGAAACCUCCGAGGAAAACAAAGUUUUAGGAAUGGGGCCCCUAAAAAAUCCGAGACAAUCCUCCGUUUUUCUAGACUGUUUCUGGAUAUGGUAGUUGCCCGUGAGUGGGCUUUCAUCUCUUACUAAAUGAGCACUGAGUACACAGUAAAGAUAAUUAUGUAUAUAUAUGAACAUAGAGGACACCUUUGCUCGCGCUAGACCCGAACUGAGAGACAUUACUACUGCG